AUGCCGCCGGAGACAAAAACCGGCGUGGCUAGCAGCUUGGAGCCGUGGCUCGAGCUCAACGACAAAGUCGUUAUGGUAACCGGCGCGUCGUCCGGGCUUGGCCGCGGCUUCUGCUUGGACCUGGCCAAGGCCGGCUGCCGAAUCGUGGCCGCCGCCCGGCGUAUCGACCGCUUACAGUCACUCUGCGACGAGAUCAACGCCGGCUCCGUCGAUCCGAGACGAGCCCAACCCAGAGCCGUCUCCGUCGAGCUCGACGUCUCCGCGAGCGGGCCCGCCAUCGAGGCCUCUGUGCACAAGGCCUGGGAUGCCUUCGGAAAAAUCGACGCUUUGAUUAACAAUGCCGGCCUUAGAGGUAGCGUCCAUACCCCAUUGGAUUUGUCUGAAGAUGAAUGGGACAAUAUAGUGAGGACUAAUAUGAGGGGUGUUUGGUUGGUCUCGAAGUUCGUUUGUACUCGCAUGCGUGAUGCUCAACUGCACGGGUCAGUCAUAAAUAUAUCUUCCAUCGCGGGUCUUAAUCGAGGGAAUUUACCAGGAAGCUUUGUUUAUGCCGCCUCAAAAGCUGCCGUUAACACAAUGACAAAGAUCAUGGCCAUGGAGCUUGGUAUAUACAAAAUACGAGUCAACUCUAUAUCUCCCGGACUAUUCAAGUCCGAGAUAACACGAGGUCUGAUGGAAAAGGAUUGGCUCAAGAAAGUCGCUAUAAAAGUUGUCCCUUUAAGAACUUUCGGCGAGUCUGACCCUGCACUAACAUCAUUAGCACGAUAUUUGAUCCACGACUCGUCUGAAUAUGUAUCGGGCAAUGUGUUCAUUGUGGAGGCAGGGGCUACUUUACCCGGUAUUCCAAUUUUCUCCUCUCUUUAG